UUCCUCCAAGGCCCCUGGCAAGCCCAGGGACAGGAGAGUGACCGAGCUGGCCCUUUGCAUUACAGAGCACCUUUAUGUGUCUCGUGUCCUCGGAUCAUCGUAACACACGGAUGCACGGGUUCUAUGAUCGCUCGCACUUGGCAGGUGCAGGCCCGGCUGGGAUGAAGCCGACACACACCAUCGUCAACUGCUGGUUCUGCAACCAGGACACGGUCGUGCCGUACGGGAACCGCAACUGCUGGGACUGUCCGCACUGUGAGCAGUACAACGGCUUCCAGGAGAACGGCGACUACAACAAGCCCAUCCCCGCCCAGUACCUGGAGCACCUGAACCACGUGGUGAGCAGCGCGCCCCGCCCCCGCGCGCCCGCGCAGCCGCAGCAGUGGGUGAGCAGCCAGGUGCUGCUGUGCCGGAGGUGCAGCCACCACCAGACCACCAAGAUCAAGCAGCUGGCCGCCUUCGCGCCGCGUGACGAGGGCAGGUACGACGAAGAGAUCGAGGUGUACCGCCACCACCUGGAGCAGAUGUACAAGCUGUGUCGGCCCUGCCAGGCGGCCGUCGAAUACUACAUCAAGCACCAGAACCGCCAGCUGCGCGCCCUGCUGCUCAGCCACCAGUUCCGGCGCCGGGACGCCGACCAGACCCACACGCAGGUACAGGUGGAGGCCGAGGGCCAGCGCCUUUACCUCCUGCCUGGCUCGCCCCUGAUGCUGAGGCUGCAGGUUCCUCUGCUUGGCUUCUCUCCAGAGGCCAGGCGUGGCCUGGUUUGGGGGGUAGAGGAGGCCCAUGACAUGAGGUCGGCGCCAGAAGGAGGCAGUGCCCGCAGUAGCCGGUCCAUCAAGAAAGAGGACGACUCAUCUCAGUCGUCCACCUGCGUGGUGGACACCACCACCCAAGGGUGCACGGAGGAGGCCGCCGCCUGGCGAGGUCGUUUCAGGCCCUCCCUGGUCCGGGGCCUCCUGGCUGUGAGCUUGGCCGCCAACGUGCUCUUCACCUCGGCCUACCUGUACCAGGUCCUGCGCUGACCUGCGGUCCGCGGCCUCCCAGCGCCCAGAGGGGCUCGGAGGCGCCCAGGUGCAUGCUGCUCCCACCACUGCCGGCCUCGGAGCCCCCCAAGGGGCUGCCUCCGCUGUCCUCUCCAGGGCCCUUGACCUCGCUGGGCCAGUCCUGUCCUAGGGAUCCCUCCUCCUCACCUAACAGGCCGCAGGGCUGAGCGUGGUCCGUGAGGUCACUCUCCUCCCUGCCUGUCUCCUCAGCUGACAUCACUUGUGUUUGGUGCUGACCCUGAUCCCGAAGCCAGGGAUCCCCGAGGGGCGGCAGGGCCCUGGGGCCCCCUCCCCCACUGCCCAGCCCGCCGGGCAGGAGGACCACUACUACUGUAAGUGCAGCAGGAGCUGGCUGCCUCCCGACGCUGCGCUGCGGGCCGGGACCACGUCUCUGUACUGUGCUCUGAUCCCACGCAGCCGCCUCAGGUUCCGUGGGGAGGAGGGAGCGACGGUCCCUGUGUCACUCCUCCUCAGUCCUGCCCGGGGAAGAACAGAGCCCUGGGGCAGGCCCCCUCAGGACGGGCAUCCCCUGCCCCUGUCUUGCCCUGUCCUAUCAGCUCUAGGCCCGGCCUGCCCUCUGGCUUUUCUGGCUGGGCAGGUGGGUGCCCGGGGUCCCCAACCCAGGGCCCCUCAGAGUUCUAGUGUAAGCACCUCCGCCCACCCCCGCCAGCCUCCCUGCUGCCCUCUCGUGCCCCCAUUUUAUUACCUUUAGUGACCUUCCCAGGCAGCAGCCCCGUGACACUGAGAACACUACCCAGGGCCCACCCCACCUCCCUUCCAGGCCUGCGCUUCUGGGCCCCUCCUCCAUGCACUGCCCACAGGGGCCUCGCUUGAGCCCUCAGCCUGCAUCGCCCUGCAGGGCAGGCCCCGGACAGCCUGCGGGUCUCUGAGGAGACCGGACCCCGCCCCUGCCCUGCCACCAACCUGGCCCCUUUUGGCCCCCGAGGCCCUCCUUCCUUCCUCCCUUUUGUGGUACUGUCACUGUGGGCUCAGUGUGACCUCGGUGUCCAGGCCACCUCGGCUGGCUUUCUCUCCCACCCCACUCCCCUCAGGCCCUGCCGCUGCCAUGCCGACUGCUACCACAGAUUUGCCCCCCACCCCUGCCUUUGUGCCGGGGUCCCGUCCUGCCCCCGAGCGGAGGAAGGGGGGCCCUUGGUCUGGCGCAGGGACACACACCCCCCCCCGCCGUGCUGUGAGGAAUGAGUGUGUGUGUGCCUGUGGCCCUCAGAGUCCCCCCGCCCCCGCUGCCCUGGGCCUGGGCCGCGUGUGUGUCCUGCAGGUGCCCGCGCCCCUUGGGGAGGGCCUGGCGGUCUUGGUGAAUUCUGAGACUGCCUGCUGGGAGGGUGGUGGUCAUGAGGGCAGGAGGAAGGGUCUUUACCAUUCAGGGAUAAAGUUGAGUUUUAUUUUUCUAUACAUUGUUGCCAGGUAAGGCAUUCUGCGGGUCAGCAGGAUGCCCUCAGUUCUCCCUGCCAGGGAGCUUUCGUUUUUUUAAGCCUUGGGUGCUUUUUUAGUAAUUUUUUUUACCAUGUGGGGAAGGAGUUGCUCUGACUUCCCCCUCUCUCCUCUUCCCCCCACUCCUGUCCUGAGAGCUCUUUUCCUGCCCGGUCUCCCACCCCAGCACCUGGGGCCUGGGGGGCCAGGGGCCGCACCAGGACCCCGAGUCCCACUGCCAGAAAUGAUGCCAACAUGGAGGUGGUGCUUUGGGCCUCCGUUUGUAGAGUGGGCAUGCGUGUCAAGUUUUUUAAUUUUGUUUUUUUGCCUCACAAAGCCGAACUCCAUUCCCGAAUACCCUUCCUCUGUGGCUCUGAGGAAGCCCCAACACAGAGUGCCCUCCCCUCUCCUCUCGCCCCUCCUGGCACCCCGCAGGGGCAGGGGAGAGGCAGAGUGGGGAGGGGGGCCUUACUUAUGUUUUCUUUCAAACAAAAAACACAACCUUAUUUUUCUUUACAAAAGCAAAAAAGGAAACCAAAAAAGAUACCAACCUUUGAA